CAGGGGUUAUUUUAGGACCUAUGGCAUGUUUUCAGUACUGCAUUUAAAAUUGCAUUUGCCCUUUGAUUAUCUGCUUCUUCCAAAUAUUUGGCUCCAAUUACACAGGGAAGUACCUCCUUCCUCCAUGAACAUGCCGGUCAUAAGUUAGCUUUGAAAGUUUCUACAAAAUGGCUUUUUAUACAUACUUCAAAUAUUACAAUAUCAUUAGACAUUUUAAUGAUUUCAUUCAGGAAGGGAACUGAUGUUUUCUAUGUUAUGGUCUUAUCCAUGGCAUUUAUUUUCCUUAAAAUUCUGGUCUGUGGGGUCCAUUGUAAUUCUAAUUCAAGUUUCAGAUAAUCCGAUCACUUUUGCUUUGAUACCCAUAGUGCAAAACAUCAAGGUUAACAGCCUGUUGUAAUAUUUGUUUUAGCCUGAUAAUGGAGCUCAGGUGGAAAGCAAGCAAAUCAAAGAGGACAAAAACUGAGGGACAACAGGCCUUGAGAUCGUGCUUUUAAAACUGAAGGACAAUCUUCUCAGCCUAGACCCCAUGGGCUACCUUUGGAAUACUGAACUGAGUUGCAAUCCAAUGCAUAUGAGACAGGCUGUUUUAUGUUGAAGAAUGUAGCUGCUUUUGUCUUCACAUAAGAUUGUCUUAUCUGAAGCUGGGAUGACAGCUAAAAAGCUGCACAGUUGACUUGGCAUGAGCUAAACAUGACAGCAGAUGGGACCUAGAUUUAUUUUUAUCUAGACUGAAAAUGAACAGAGUAAUGAAUGAGAACAAAUGGCUACAAUAUUUUGAUACUCCAGAUUGUAGUAUUUGUGGGCUUGAAGGAUUUGUCUCUAGCAAGCAAUGAUGGGAAAAGGUCUAAAUUUACAAACCAUUCCAAAUGGUUAUCUCUUCCCAUUGCAAGCAAUGCUAUUGAAAUUGCCAUGGGCAGUGGGGGAGGGCGGAGGAGAGGGGAGAUAUGAAUGCCUUUAUAUAUGCCUCUGACAUAAUGGACAAUGUGCGGGGUCUUCCUCUGAUUAUGGCAGGGAAAUAAUUCAUAAUCCAUAGGGCAGAUGUAUUUCAAGAAAGUUCUACAAAGUUGGUCUAUGUUAUUAAUAGUACAGCAUAAGGGCAAUUUUGAGCUUAAGGACCAGAAAGUUUGAAGUCCCCUACAUACAAAUAAACAAUGACGAAAAGGAAUUGUGCUUCCAUGGAGUCAUUGAAAAUUCAGUGGGAUACAUGUAUAAUAAAUGUAUUAUUUAUAAACACAGAAAGACAUUUUUCUAAUUGAAUUAUGGAAGAUUUUGAAUUAGAAUAUGAUUGUGAUGGAAUGUUGCUUAAAUUCCCAGGAGGGAGGGAAUGCAUUCCAGAGAAACAAGAGACAAUGCAGUUUACAGUAAUACCUUGAUACUCAUCAUUAAUUGGUUCUGGGAAAAGUGAUGCAUAACAAAAGCAAUUUUUUCCAUAAGGAAUAAUGUAAAUAAAUUUAAUGCAUUCCCAAACAAGACAAUGCACAUUUUAAGGCAAAAGAUAGAGUUGUAUAUCAUUGCUGCCUUUUUCGGUGUAUAAGACGCACCGGAUUAUAAAACACACCUUAAUUUUGGGGAGAAAAAAAAAAAGAAUUCUGCCUCUGUGUUAUGUCCUCGGAGUUACGACCCGAGGAACCUUUGCCUGUUGCUGGCCGCCUCUGAUUGGCCCAGGCGCGGCUAGCCCAGAGCGGGAAACCCGGUUGCCUUUUGAUUGGUUCUUCAGACUUGACAGCUAGCUAUUUAAGCUGCUGUCAAGGCAAGGAAUGUUGUUGUUGUUCUGAGGAGCACGUUAGCUCCAAUUGUUAUUCUUGAAUGUGGAUUAGAAAAUAAAGACGGUUACUGCUUAAGCCUCGGACUGCCUUAUUGUUCGUGAGUACAGAACACUGGCGACGAGGACGGGGGCCGGAAACCCAUCACCGCAGAAAUGACAACCACGCUUCCCACAUUCCCUCUGUUCGAGCCGGCUAAUGAGGCUUGGGACACUUAUAUCGAGCGCUUUGAAUGCUUCCUUCAAGCUAAUGAUUUGUUAGAUCUGUCAAGUGCCAGGAAGCGAGGCUUCUUCUUGAGCUCCUGCGGCCAUGAGAUUUUUGCCACGGCUAGGGCUCUAACCGCCCCUCAACAGGUCUCCUCUGUUCCAUGGGAGAUGCUGCUAGAAAAAUUACGAGCUCAUUUCUCUCCGGCUCCUUCCCGCAUAGCAAGGCGACACGCUUUCAGGCAGCGUUUUCAGAAGGCAGGGGAGUCCAUUAACGAAUACAUGGCUUCCCUACGUGUCGCCGCUUUAGAGUGCGAAUUUCGAGAUUUGGAUGAGAUGUUGUUAGACCAACUGGUCACCGGGGUUCGAGACCUGCGGCUGUAGCGCCGCCUCCUAGCCCGCAAAGACGCAACCCUGCAAAUUGCCUUGGAUGAGGCGCGAGCCUCUGAGAUGUCUGAACGGUCGGCUGCCGAAAUCCAGAGGUCCCAUGCUGGGACUGCUUCCGAAGGCAAGCCUCAAAUGGUCCACCAUGAGACCGUUGUUGAUGACAUACCGUCCGACGAAGACGACGAAGUAAGCCGCCUCAAGGCGACGCGGAAAAAUGUGUGGGACAGUGACUGGAAAAACCCUCAGGGAGGUUGCCUCGGAUGCGGAGGAAAUUACCACCGUUCUGAAUGCCGUUUUAAAACAGCAAUUUGCCGCCGCUGCGGCCGGAAAGGCCACCUUUCGCGGGUCUGCCGGGCAUCCCUCCCCGCCUACCAGGGUGCCUCUCCCCAAGUGAAGCCCAAGCAAGGUGCCAGGAAGAUGCCGAGCCGCCGUGAUGAGUGCCAUGCAGUUGACCGCAAGGUGAUGAGCGCUGAUACCGCUGUCAGCCACGCCUCCGCCACCGUUCCCACCAACAAGAUUUACCUCAGGAUACAUCUGGAAGGUGUCCCUCUCAAGAUGGAGGUUGACACCAGCUCUUCGAGGUCCCUCAUAGCUUGGCAUACCCUGCGGCGCCUAUUGCCUAAGUUUGCAAAACGGUGCCUCCAGCCCUGUCCAAUUAAUUUAAGGGACUAUCAGGGGAAUCCAAUUCCUAUUGCGGGUUGCACCUCUCUUAAUGUCUCCUUUGGGACCUUUGCGGGUCGUUUACCCCUCAUAGUAGUUAGAGACAACCUCCCAAGUCUCCUGGGCUUGGACUGGUUUGCUGCUCUGCAUCUUGACGUAUCAGGGAUCCACACCACCGACCUAGACACCCCGGCCCAACUCUUCUCCGAAUUUGCCGAUGUAUUUGAGGGCCAGUUAGGCAAAUACACAGGACAACCUAUUUCUUUUAAUUUGGAUCCUCAAGUUGCCCCAGUCCGCUUAAAGCCGCGAAGGGUACCGCUAGCACUCCGUCCCAAAGUAGAUAUGGAGCUGGAUAAACUUAUUGCCCAAGGAGUCCUAGAACCUAUUGAGUAUUCACAUUGGGAGACCCCUAUUGUGAUCCCCCUAAAACCGGACGGAUCCAUUAGGAUCUGUGCCGAUUACAAAUGUACUAUUAAUAAGGCCCUGCAAGCUAAUCAGUACCCCCUUCCGGUGGUGCAGCAAUUGCUUCACUCAUUAGGGCCUGGGCGGGUGUUUGUUAAAUUGGACCUCGUCCAGGCGUAUCAGCAGCUCCCGGUGGAUGACGUGACCGCCAUGGCCCAGGCGAUUGUCACCCAUCGGGGCGCUUUCAGGUGCAACCGCCUGCAGUUUGGGGUCAGCAUAGCUCCCGGGUUGUUCCAGGGAUUGAUGGAACAGUUGCUCCAGGGGCUCCCGGGGGUUGUGCCCUACUUCGACGACGUUCUGAUCUCGGCCAUCGACCGAUCAGAACUCGUUGAACGGCUACGGGCCGUCCUCAGCUGUUUCUGGGCUGCAGGGUUGAAACUAAAAAAAGAUAAGUGCCACAUAGGGGUGCCACGGGUAGAGUUUCUAGGAUUCUUGGUGGACUCCAAUGGAAUCCACCCCGCACCUUCUAAGGUCGAGGCAAUUAAGAACGCCCCAACUCCAACUAAUAAGGGGGAACUGCAAGCGUUCCUGGGGCUCCUUAAUUUCUAUUCCGUAUUCUUGCCCCAUAAGGCUACCUUAGCUGAGCCCCUCCACAAACUCUUAACCUCCAAGGCCCAGUGGCACUGGAACCAGGCAGCUGCUAACGCAUUUCAGGCUGUCAAAGACAUCCUCGCGUCGGCGGCUGUGCUCGUUCAAUACGACCCCUGUUUGCCGCUGUCCUUGACAUGCGAUGCCUCCCCCUAUGGUUUGGGGGCCGUUUUGAGCCAUCAACUUCCUGAUGGCUCAGAGGCCCCUACUGCAUUCUACUCGCGCACCUUAUCGGCUGCUGAGCGGAAUUAUAGCCAGCUAGACCGGGAAGCCCUAGCUGCGGUAGCUGGAAUCAAAAGAUUCCACGACUACCUCUAUGGUCGGUUCUUCUCUCUUAUUACCGACCACAAACCAUUAUUGGGGUUAUUGUCAGGGAACAAACAAACACCCCAAAUCCUAUCCCCGCGUAUGUCCCGGUGGGUGGAAUUCCUAGCUGCCUACUCCUAUCAGCUAAUAUAUAAGCCAGGAAAGUUUAUUGGGCACGCUGACGCGCUCAGUCGUUGCCCCCUCCCCAUGACAGAUGCAGACCCUGCCCCGACGUCCCCUAUCCUUUUUGUUGAGGACUGGGACAUAUCCAUCUCCGCCACCUCUAUACGUGACCUUUCUGCAAGGGAUCCUAUUCUCUCUACAGUUUUGGACUGGGUGCGCAGGGGGUGGCCCCGGGGACAGGUAGCCCCCAGUUUCCAGCCUUUUGCCCGCCGGCAGCAUGAGCUGUCCGUCCUUAAGGGAUGCCUAUUGUGGGGAAAUCGGGUAGUAGUUCCCCCCGACCUUAGACGGCGCAUUUUGGCUUGUCUGCACGAUGCCCACCCUGGCAUCGUGCGAAUGAAAGCCCUGGGUCAUAGCUAUGUCUGGUGGCCGGGCAUGGAUCAGGAGAUCGAGGCCUGGGUAACUAGAUGCCCUCAAUGCCAGACCUCCAGACCUGCUCUGGCUGCUGCACCAGUUAGGAACUGGGAGCUUCCUAAGACCCCUUGGGCGCGGGUCCACGUGGACUUCGCGGGACCCUUCCUAGGCCAGACUUUUCUGAUUUUAGUAGAUGCCUACUCGAAGUGGGUAGACAUCGUCCUCACACCGUCACCCACGGCGGGGGCAGUCAUCCGAGCCCUAGACGGCCUAUUCGCUACCCAUGGGCUACCCGACGUUAUCGUUACCGAUAACGGAGCCCAGUUCACCUCGGCGCCUUUCCGGCAGUUUUUGACAAGGCUGGACAUCCGCCAUGCCACCACGGCCCCGUACCAUCCGGCCGGGAAUGGCCGGGCAGAGAGGGCCGUACAGUCAGCCAAGGAGGCUUUGGGACGCCUGAGUUCCGCAAAUUGGCAUCAAAAGAUAUGCCAAUAUCUCCUAGCGCAACAUACCACCCUUGCCCAGAAACUAACCGAAGCCCGGCUGAAAUGCUAAUGGGUCGGCAUUUACGGACCAU